AUGCGUGUGGACGUGACCCCGAGCUUCCGGGAGCUUGCUCCAAUACGUGCUGGUAUCGUCCCAAACGAACAAAGUGUUUUUGUUCGGGAAGCCUCAGAGCUGCUGAGCAGUGUACUGGAAUUGGAAAAGCUGUUAAGUCAAGUGAGACCGAAAUAUCUGCUACCGAAGCGGUUCGUUCGAACCAAAGGGUCCCGGAUGAGUGAAGAGGACAAGGACGAGCUGGACGCUGAUUUAGUGGAGCUCAUUAAAAACUGCAGCAGCAGGAUUGAUGUCUUGAAGUCGGCGGCAGAUGUUCAGCCUGCUGUGGCUAGCGUGAAAGAGUUCCGGAAAGAAGUAGUAGCAUAUCUGCUAGAGCGUUUGAAAUGCACGGCAGACAGUGCCAAGCAGAUGCAAAAGAAGAGAUACCAGCAGCCUUUCCUGCUGUCCUCGCGCUUGCUGCCGGAAGACGACCGACAAGGUUUGGAUGCACUGGAGAAAACAAUUGUACGCUUGAGGCAUGUAGGAGUUACGAAGAAACAGAUCGCUACCAUGCUCGAUAAAAAUACCGACGCCCCAGCAAUUCCAUCGUCUCAGACGUCUGGAUCGCCUGCAUUGUCGACCUGUGCUAGCUCCGCACUAUCAGUGAAUGCACCACUGGUGGAGCAAACUAGGGCGAACAAACCUCACCGCGACAUCUUGAACACACGAAAUCGGACGGCAUCCGUGCAGCAACCACCGCUGUUCGCCUCACAAAGCGACGAGCUUGAGCUUACCGAAGAGGAAGGCCGCCGCUUUGCUGUUGAGAACGUGAUAUUACAUCGACAUUUCCAGGAAAAUCUCGAGGAUGCAAAAAAGAUGGAGUCCAAAAUGGCUGAAAUCUCGAGCCUCAUGGGACAAUUUGCGGACAAAAUUAUGGAGCAGCAGAGCGAUAUCGAGCAAAUUCAGCACCAUGCUUACGAGACAAAGUCCAACGUCAGCCAGAGCAACCGCAUCCUUGAGCAAACGCAAGGGAUUGGAAAUGGUUAUGGGUUCUUGAUUUUCUGCUUUUACGCAGGGUUUUCCGUCAUCUUGCACAUGCUGCAUUAUUUCAACAGCUGA